AUGCCCUUAACCCCCCUAUCCCCCUACACCCUCCCUUCCUCCCCCUCCGCCCUCCCCCUUCCUUCCUCGCCGACACAAAAAUUCUUUCUCUUGUUUCUGGCGCCCGAGGAUCAGGCGACGGGGGAGUCGUGGUGUGGGGAUGUUAGGGCUGCGUUGCCGGUACUGAGGCGGGUUUUGGGGGGGUCCGGGGGGGAGGGGGAUGGGGAUAGGGAUGUGCUGUGGGAAUGA